CAGUUGUGGGUGAGCGUUGGCGGAGGCUGGCAGGAGGAGCAGCAGUAAUAUUCUCCUACUUCCGACAUCAAUCUCGAAAAUAAUUGGUUCAAAGGAAACUUGAGUUCAUAUAGCAGUCGGGGCCUGAAACGACCCGGGAGUUGAUCGAGUCGCGACCAUAGAAACGACUCUUUCGGCGCUGCCAGUUGAUUGAGACGUUAAUUGCUCUUUAAUUGGGCAAUUAGUAUAUUUCUGUAACCGGUGCGAGGAAGGGGAAAAAAAACCAGUGGUUGAUAUCGACGUUUCGAGCGACGUUGGUGGAUAUUUCUGGAUAUAUUUUUGCUAAUACUGAAAAUGCGAUUCUUAUAUUUUACCCGAAAGUAGUAUAUAAAGCUAUUGACCUAACGCCAGCAUCCCCAUGGCGAUACGGAUGGCGUGGGAGAUGACGUGGAUGAUGGCGUGGAUGCUGUGGACACCCAACACUCCAGCGGCCGUCAGCCAACAUCCAGAUUACCUGAUGACGCUCCCAGAGGACCCGCUCCAGCCCAUCUGGGAGCGCUUGGAGAGCAUCACACAGGAGAUCACGAAAGCCGUCCAAACCCAGAUGCAGAAUCAUUUCUCCAGCGCCCGACGAGACAGCAAGGACCUCAGCAUGAAACUCUCAGCUUUAGAGGACAAGUUCGAGCAUGCAAUUGACGAUUUAAGAUUAGAAAUCAUCGAGGAAAUUGACGAUAAGUUGGCGACAGUUGACGAGAGCGUGAGAGAGAGACUACACGACCUCUCUGCAGUCGUCAAUUCCAGCAGUGACACCCUGGCGGCCGUCAACACCCACCUGACGAAACUUGACGGCGGGGCAGCGGUGGCGGCCGGUCUCGUCAACUGCACUGUGCUGGUGGAUAGAGUGGCCGAGGUGCUCAAUGUUCAGAGCUCUACCCGUGAGCCCCAGAGUGAGAACUGUUCUCAGGAUCCUGAAACCUUCCUUGAUGCAGAGACAAUGGCGGAAUUAAAGUCAGCCUUAGGAAGAAUGCGUGAAUCUUCAGCCUUUCUCCCUCGAGACUGUUCAGACCUACACUGGCAGCAGCCUGAGGUUCCCAGCGGGGUCUUCCUCACCUACCCAACCAUGAACCCGAAGGCGUCCGUUUCUACCUGGUGUGACAUGGGGCAAGAGAGUGCUAAGGCCACCGGUGGCUGGAACGUGAUUCUCAGGCGCCGGAAUACUACUUGGGGCCUUAUUGACUUCAACAGGACGUGGUCAGAGUACCGGGCAGGGUUCGGAAUGCCUGGAGAGGGAGAAUGGUGGUACGGGUUGGACUCCCUUCACGCCCUUACCUACCGUCAACCUUAUGAGGUUCGCAUCCUCAUGCACGACAUAGAGAUGGGCUACUUCCAGGCUAUGUACUCCACCUUCAGGGUCGAGGACGAGUCCAGUAACUACCGCCUCAUCAUGGACGGGUUCUCGGGCAACGUGACGGUCGACCCCGUCGCUACCCAUCACCACGGCCAGCCCUUCAGCACCCACGACCGCGACAACGACGACUGGACCGCCGGCAACUGUGCCGCCACCAACGGCGGUGGCUGGUGGUACUCGAGGUGUCACAGAAUGUCCCUCACCGCCAGCUUCCCGCGCUCCGCCGACAGGAACGAGCGGACCAUUCGAUGGCUCAACAAUGGGUGGCUGGUCCUCGAUGACGUGACGCUAAUGAUCCGGCCGGCUGGUUACGGAAGGAGGUUCCAACCCCCGUCUUAAAGAGGCCGGUGAUUGGCUCUUAGAUGCUUGUUGUGGUAGCUUAGGAUUGAACGUCGUUAGAGUGGUAUUAUUGUUGUCGGUUUAUAUGGUAGUUAGAUCAGAGGCCCUUCGCCUCUGGGGUUAAUGGAAACUUGUGUUCGUCGAUGAAUUAGUAGAAUUAUACACAAAAAUUAGUGUGUCCGGAACUCAUUAGGCGAAUUAUACGCACAAAUGUAGCCAGUUUGGUGAGCCAGCGCCACAGCGUUGAGGUCCAGAGGGACAACGCCUAUACUGUAUCGUGAGUGAACUUGACGCCUCUACAGAGCUAUAGGGCGUUAUUGGAGGGCAUUAGCCUAGAGUGUAUUCCAGUUUUGUAAUGGUGAGAGAAUAACUAAGACUUCGCUCUGUGUUGUGUUGAGUCUUGAGUCUUGACUCUAAUGGAGUUCAACGUUCACUUGAGUCUAAUGGAGCAAUGUGUCUCCAUUAGAGACAUUAAGGUAAUGGAGACAAAAUUAUAACAUCAUUACUCAUCUUUUAUUCGCCUAAGUUGAUCACCUUAUGACAAGCUCAACUAUAUUUUACACACCAAUGACCAAAAAUUACAUCUAAAUAAUAAUAUGAAUAGAUCUAAGAUUUUUUUUUUUAAAUUCAUUUACAAAACUUCAAAUAAAAAAAAAUCAUAUUGUGCAACUAAGUAAACAAAAAUAAUUAAGAAAUGAUUACUUUUUUGUGAUUAUUGUGAUUAUUUUGUGUCUCACACACAACAACGAUCAGAUGUUGUUAGUAUAAUUGUGAUUAAAAUAUAAAUAUAAACAUUUGACGUUGAGACAAUGACUUAAAAUUUUAAAAUAAUAAAACAUUGGAAAUAAAAUUUUAAUGAAAUAAAACAUUGGAAAUAAAAUUUUAAAUGUAUUAAAACAUUGGAAAUAAAAUUUUAAAGUCUUAAAACAUUGGAAAUAAAAAAACUUAGAAGUAAAAACCCUUAAUGUGGACUGAAAAUUCUGUCAUAUUUACGCAAGAAAAAAAUAUUUACCUCUGUUUUACACAAGCAAAUAAAAACAAUGAUUUAAAUGCAACUUAUAAGUCACAAAGAGCACUAUAGAAUACACAUCCAAACACAAUGAUUAAAAUCUAAACAAACAAACACGGGAUUGAUAAUGUUUUAGAAAAAUAAUGAUAAAUCUGUAUUAAUAAUAAACAUAAACGAACGUUUACAAUUGAAAUAAAAUAGACCCUACGACUUGAGGAGGAGAGAGGGAGGCAUCUUGAAGGAGGAGAGUGGUUUAAGGGUGGGCAAGAGAAAGAGGUUUUACCUUUGCUAAGCCAGAGGACGGGAGCUGAGACAAGGCCACACCACUGGAAAGACUGGAAACACCGCUGGAAAGGUGAGUACAGAAAGGGUGGAAAAGAUGGAAACAAUGUUAAAUUGAACACUAAUUUCUUAUUAUCAGGUGGUUGACGAUUAUCUUAAAUGGGGGAGGAAGAUUAUCUUAACCAGGGGAGGAGGAUUAUCCUAACCAGGGGAGGAGGAUUAUCCUAACCAGUGGGAGAGGGGGAGGAUGAUGAGCGAGGUGUAUCCUAAACAAGAUGAUGGAUCAACCUGUUUUCCUAUAAAGAAUGUCGCAUUUCGCUCGAAUGCGUUACAUACGGCCAAAAAUUGUCGUACUAGAAACUGGAAGCGGCGAGUGGCUGCCUGGAGAGUGACUCGCCGUCCUGGGUUAAAAAUGAGUCAAACACUCAUAGAAUUACUUACCUGUUCUACAUGUUUUCUUUUCUUUCUCACGUGUAGGGAAAAAAAUAAUAAUUGAAUUUGUAUUAUGCUCUAGUUACACGCUGGCCCUUCCGGAGGAGACAUGUGCACUACCUACCCAAUUCCUGAUGUGUAGAUCAUCAUGUAUUUUUGAGGUAUUUGUUAUUUUUACUGUUGCAAUAUGGAUUAUAUAAAAGUGUGUGAUCAUUGCAAGGAUGGUGUUGAUACUCGUGAAGAGUUACCCUGGAAACACAAACCGAAACUGUCUCUAUUUUCCGCUUUUUACAACUUGUAAUAAAGUUGUUACAUCUUGGCUUAACGUGUUUAUGACGUAUUAGAACGUUGU